GUACAAGCGCUUCACUACCGACCACGGAUUUGUUUGUGGGUGACACCUUGGUAACAGCUGUUUUCCUCGGCUAGUAGCUAGCAGCAGCCAACUUAGUGGAUAUUUUUAAGCAAAUUGUAUUCCUGUUUUCUGCCUGUUCUGUUUGUACUGUCAUCACGGAUUGACUGAGUGGGAGGCAGCCAUCAUGGAGCCUGCCUGCCGCAAGGACAAGCCAAAGCUGAACUCGACCCCGACCAGAGGAGACCGAGCCAAACAGAAAUCUGCGCAGCAAGAGCUCAAACAGCGACAGAGAGCAGAGAUCUAUGCUUUGAACAAGGUGAUGACAGAGCUGGAGCAGCAGCAGUUUGAGGCCUUUUGUAAACAGAUGCAGUCGCAAGGAGAAUGAUGAGAGUCCUGCCCGUUCUGGUGCCCUCUUUUAUCUGGACCUGUCACGCUCAGGAGCGCUAUGUACACACACACACACACACACACUGUUGCUGACAUAAACCCGCUCAUGCUUUAGUACAUUUGUGGUGCUGUCUUACUUCCUAAAAGAAGACUUACAAUAGAGAGAUGCUGAAUCGGACAAUCUUUGCUCCUGAUGUUGUACCGAUUUAAGCUUCUGACUCUGUAGCCUGCCUGAAUAUGCCAGACAGCUGUGUUGAUGUAAGUCGACCAUGAAUGAGAUCAGAGGCCAGAGUUGCACACAAACACAUCACGUCACUGACAAUCCCUUUCCUUUAAUACUGGCUUUUUUUGCAUGGAUGUGAUAGUUAAAUUGAGUUACACAUGACCACAGUGAUAAUACCUGCAGAGAGGAUGAAAUUUAUCCUUUUUUAUUUAUUUUUCCCUACAGCAAUUCUGAGUAGUUAAAGGCACUUUUUUUUGGCCAUUAAGCAAGAAAGCAGGCAGAAAGUGACAAAUGAUGAAUUAAUCCUAAUUAGCUUUUAUCACAAACUAGCCAAUGUCACUCACACUUUUGUAGCAGAAGGAAAACAGCAAUGUGUGAAUCACUUUGUGUGCGUUGCCCACUGAAUUAGUACUGCAUUUUAUUGCCAUUCACAAAUUUAGCAGCCUGCACAUCAUAUAUAUAUUUAUAUUCUUUUAUAACUGUUAUAUUACAGUAUGCCAUCAUCUUUGACUUGAGUUAUACAAAUUUGAUUUAAUGAAAAUAAAACAUUUUUACUAAAUGCC